AGGGAUGGAGACAGUGAAUACAAAGAACAACUCUUAGAGCAGGAGAUGAUGGGGAAAGAUCAAGACAAACGGAAAGAGAGAAGUAGGAAAGAAAGAAAACCAGAGAGGACAAGAGAGACAGAACAAAACAGCUGGAAUGAGGAAGUAAUCUCACCAGGACAUGCUUGUUUUGAACUUGAAGCAGAGAUCAAACAAUGCAACCUUGGCUGCCCUCCUUGCUCCCGGAAUCUCCAGGCCAAGAGCCCUGUCCUAUUUCCGGCUCCUUAGCCCCAGAAUGUUGACCAUUGCUCUUCUUGCCCUUGUCUGCGCAUCAGCCUCGGCCAAUGCCAUUCAGGCUAGGUCCUCCUCCUACAAUGGAGAGUAUGGAGGCGAUGGAGGCGAGCGAUUCUCCCAUUCUGGUUACCAGCUGGAGGGCCCCAUCACUGCCAUCCGGGUCCGCAUCGACAACAACUACAUCAUAGGCCUCCAGGUGCGCUAUGGCAAGGUGUGGAGCGACUAUGUGGGUGGCACCCAGGGAGACCUGGAGGAGAUUUUCCUGCACCCCGGGGAGUCAGUGAUCCAGGUGUCUGGCAAGUACGACUACUACCUGAGGAAGCUGGUCUUUGUGACUAACAAGGGCCGGUACCUGCCUUUUGGGACAGACAUAGGCAGGAGUUUCAGUGCUGUCCCCUUGUACCACAACACCGUACUACGAUUUGUUAGCGGUCGCGCUAGCACCCUCAUCAAUGCCAUCGGCCUGCACUGGGACUUCUACCGCAGGUAUUGAACCAGUUGCUGAACCGCUGCAGCCGGCUGUGAGAACCGCCUUACCACUACCCCACCUACAGGGUUCAAUAAAAAUAAUAAUAAAAGGACAUAGCUGA